CUUACAGUCAGCAGCUUUAAUUUGGGUGACAAACAAAAAAGAUGGGUUGUGAUUGGAAUCACAUUAAACAGGCUUCUAUCACCAGUUCUCCGUGACUUUGCGGGCAAGGAACUUGCUAAACACUACACAUCAUUGAAGAGUUCCAGUGGAAUAGAUGCACAGGUUUAUUCCACUCACAUGAAGGGAGAUGGUUCUUUUGAUUUAAACUAUGGCAGCAUCAACAACAACUGGGGAAGGUUCAAGAGAAAGGUGCAUCUCUAUGAUUACAAAGUGGCAUCUGCUGAGGAUCUGGCCAAACUUUACCUUGAACCACACAUGGCCAAAUUUACAGGUGAGCGUUUAUUUUACCAAAAUUGGCAGUAAUGUCGCAAUGUAAUUGGCCAAUUCGCCGUUGUUGAUAAGAGUACAAACAGCGCUGCUUGCGUCAACGUGUCACGCAAUGCCUUUAUAAGCUCUCAAACAUGGGUGACUCGGAAAUUUUGAUAUUGUGGUGAAAACAAACUGAUAGUAGUUUAGCGUGGUCUGUAGUCUUAUCGACAACUAUAUUUGUCAUCAGUGUCAAAAUUUAUUGUAUACUCACGAGGCGCACAUUUUGACCACUGUGGUGACGAUUAUCGUUGUCGCCAAGAGUACAGACCACACUAAUGUCAAAUCUCAAAUCUCUUGUUCAUCUUUCUGAUAAUUAUUACUUACAGUGGAAUACAAUGACGAGAAACAAAUUUGAGAAUAUAUAAUCGUUCUAGAUCAGCUUGCAGUUUCGUAUUGGCACGUCAGUCUCUGACACAGGUUGCUUGGCACUAUAUAUAUGUCGAAAAGACUCUCGGCCCAACGAGACUCUGAAGUCUUUUUCAGUCAAGAACCAUACUUGUCAACUUGGAAACUAUCCUGACAGAUCAGGAUAUCACCUACAUAGCUUUUUUUGUCAGUUGACUCGAUCUUUCUCUCCAGUUCACACAAAAUGAUCACACUAAAAAUCCCCUCUUCGGUUACGGCCUUAUCUCGCUUCUUAGCCAUGACAUGUGAUGUCUGCUCAACUUGUUCACCUUUGUGUAAAGCAGGGGUAACAUUGGCAACGGUUUGACGCUGUGGAGUCCACACCUUAGCGAGCACGAGCUACAAGCUUUAGCAAGAGUAUAAUAAUAGUUAAAUGAGCCUACUAAGUAAUGGCUGAAUUUAAACUGAGAUAACAUGAGUACAAAAGGAUGCAACGUAAAAGGUAUCUUUUAAGGUAAGAAGACUUCAAGAAGGCUUCUACUGACAAUGUAUCCUGUAUGCAUAUAUAACUCCUUAUGCUAACUUAAAGUAUAAAUCUUAUUGCCUAUUUUCAGGUUUUGAUAACACAUGCGACUUGUCAGCAGUUUUAGGAAUGCUGGCCAACUCAUCCGUGUUUCACACGCGCGUCCAAACAAAUGCUAAGGAUGUGCGCUCCAAAGUAAGAAACGAGUGGGGACACUGUAACUUUGAUCACUGGAAUGAGCCGGAUUUCAACUACAGUUUCCAACUCAUGGAGACAUUAAUUCGUUCUUUGGGGCUUCCAGUGGUUGAUGAAAAGAAAGUACUCGAUGAACUUCACGAGUGGGAAACCAAGGGUGAGUAAUUUAAAUAAUGAUACGAUGGUGUGUAUGGGGCGUAGGCGCUAACCAGCUCUUUUGGAUGCCACUCCCUGUGUGAGCGCCAGUCUUUCUUUACGCUCUUUGUGAGCUGAUCUUCUCCACCUGCAUUUACCCUGUCGGGGAUUUAUAUACUGUCUCGAUAGAAAGUGCAAAGUCCAUUGUUUUCCACCUUUCCUUCUUUUUUUCCUCUUCAUUAUUUAAGGCGCCUUGGCUACCCAAAGUGAAAUAUUCACAUCAUGGCUGACUUUGUAUCCACAUAAAUUGUUUUUUCGGCAGGUUUGCAAUUGUGCAUGGGUUGCCCAGUGGACAAGGAUUUGAUGAAACUUGUCAGUAUUGAGGUAACCAACUUAGAACAAAACUUGAAGGCCAUAAAGAAAUCCAAUGCUGAUGAAGCCAAGAGGAUACGAGAAGCUCUUCAAGACGCCAUAGAUGAAAUAGCGAAGUUUGAGAAACGUAUAGCCGACAUGGAAAGUCGACUGGAGGAAGAGCUCCAGGCGCAGUCAGAAAAGAACAAAGCAUUCUCAUCAGCAAUUGAAGAUAUUUCUAAUAGUAUAAAUAUAAUAGAGGAACGCCAAGAUACAAAUGAACAAAACAUUUCUCUGAUAGAAGAAAGGCAAAAUGAGGUAGAAUCAGCUGUAGCCUCUUUAAAAGACGGAGAGAGUAACCUAAACUCAAAGGUGGAGGUUUUAAAGCUCGGACAAACUCAGUUAGAUUCUCGGCUGAAAAAGUUAGAAGAGGGUAAUCUUAACGCUGUGGUCGAUGCGAAAAUUUUGCAAUUGCCCAGUCGCAAUCAUUGCUUCUGUGGUCGCGAAAGUGAGCUAAAAGCAAUUGCAGCGCAACUAAAAAAUACUACGAGGGGUUGUUCUGAAUCAACAAUUUGCGGUCUCGGGGGUGUUGGAAAAACAUCUCUUGCUGUCGAGUUUCUCUGGCGACAGAAAGACAAGGAGGAAUAUCCCGGUGGUAUUUUUUGGAUUUCAGGCGAAACCAGCAUUCUUUUUCAAUUGUCUGUCAGCGAGAUGGCACGUCAAGUUGGAACUUUUGAUGACAAAGACUUUUCUAAUUCGCUGUCAAGAACCUUGGACUGGUUGACAAAGCGCGAGCAGCUGUGGUGUUUGGUGGUUGACAACCUGGAUGAGUUAGAAAUGCCCAUGGAUAUGCGGAAGUUGCUUACUGGUCAUUGGAAACAGGCUGCACGUGGUCAUAUCAUCAUAACCACGAGGAGAGAAGCAACGGAAAUCGAAGAAGAAACCGGAAUCGAAGAAAGCCUUUGCAUUGAGUUGAAAUGUUUCACAGACGGAGAAGGAAUUCAAUUUUUGAGGAUACGAAGCGGGAAAGGUGGAGAAGAUGAUGAUUUCCUUGAGAUAGUGAGAGAGCUUGGCGGACUACCUUUAGCUCUUGAUCAAGCUGCUGCUUACAUCCGAUCCCUUUCCCUUCGACAGCCCAUUAAGGAAUAUCUGAAGAAGUAUAAGAAACAGAAGUUGGUUCUCUUGAAGAAGAAGAAGGCUCGUAAUUUGGUGGAAAAUACAUCGCCUGAGCGACUGGCUGUUCACACAACAUGGCUGUUGAAUUUUGAUCACAUCAAUCGAAUUUCAGAGGAGAUGGAUCUCGGUGAAACCCCUACACUUGUGAUGCAAAUUUCUGCCUACUUAGGUCCCGAUGACAUUCCUAAUGCACUGAUAAACCAGGGGCUUUUCGAAGUGGGAAAUGCUGAGGCAGUAAGCGAUUUGUGGGAUGCAGCCGAGAUAGCGUCACUUCUUACAAAAUUUUCCCUUUUUCAAAGGUAUGGGAUAGAUUCGUUUGGUGUUCAUCGUUUGGUGCAAGAAGUUGUCCGAAAUGAGAUAGAGAAAGACAAAACUGAGCUGCGAGUUCUUUGUUGUGCAGUGCGUGUCCUUUAUCGUGCUAUAGUGGAUACACGCUCACCAGCAGAAGUUUGCGAGAGUUUCUCUGAAGGCGCUGUUUUCAGUAUAGAGAAUCCUCCAUCAUUACAACUCUGGGGCAAGUUGGCUGCGCACACCAUCUAUUUACAGGAGCAUAUUCGAAGCUUCGCAGAAAGAAAUGAAAGUGAUAUCGAAAGCGUAAAAGUCUUGCUAAACACUGAAGAAACCGUUCGUAUCUUUAAUGAGGCGGGAAUAUUUUUUAGCGUUUCUCAACAGAAAGUAAAAGCUCAGGCAAUGCAAGAAAUGAAACUUGAGUUGCUAGUGCACCUUGAAAAGUCAACCACUAGAAAUAAUGCUGAUUUGCCAUCGUAUUUUGUCGAUGUACCUCUGAAAGACAAGGACCACAAGGUGAUUUCGUGCUGUAUGAGACAAUCGGCGGAGAGUGAGGUUGUGGCUGAAGAAGCCCCUUUCCCGACCUCAGCGGAGGAGGAAGCCAACCGACUCAAAGAAGAAGGAAACAUUGCAGUAAAAAAUGGCAAGCUAAAAGAAGCCUUAGAUCUUUAUUCCAGAGCCAUUGAUUUGUGGUCGGGUGACUAUCGACUGUUUUGUAACAGGGCCCUUUGCCAUUUGAAACUCGGGCAGGCAAACAGUGCUUUAGAUGACUGUGGAAAGUGCCUCUCUUUAAAACCUUUUUACAGCAAAGCGCUGCAACGUAAAGCUUGGGCUCUCCAAGAACUCGUUACCAAAGGACGUAAUGAGCUCAAAGGGCAAGCGCAAGCAGCAUUGGCAUUGGCCGUUCAUUUUAAUCCCAAUCUUCGCUGUGAUGAAACCUUUUGUGAGAUGUUUCCGGAAGUUUCACUUGUGCGUCCCGUAGAAGUAAGCAGUGAUACCCAUUUGAAUUUCAUAAUCUUGAUGCAGCAAGAAAAUUCAACCUUGUUAUUACAUGAAAGGGAAUACAAUGUACCUAAUCUCAUUUUUGGCACUGAUUGCCAGGUGGUGGGUCUUGGGCCCAGAACGGUUGUAACUUGUAGAAAUAACUGCGUAGUCACAGGUGCUAAGGUCUACUUUGAGAAUAUAGUGCUUCCUAAGGGAAGCACAGCUCUGUGUUGCUUAGGUGAGGGGGGAGCUGUUCAUCUGAAUCACUGCGAAAUUUCUGCAGGAUGGGCGGGUUGUGAGGAAUUUCCAGAAUGCAAUGGAGGCUCGGGCUGCGUAGCGGCAUCUUUGGGAAGGCCAGCUUGUGAUCGGACUGGAAUGUUUGGAGAUCCACGAUCAAUAUCUGGAGUUUUGGGCCGUGCUGGAAUCCAGAUUUCGGAAGGAAGCACUGCUUUGAUUGAAAAUUGUACUAUUCAUGAUUGUGGAGGUGCAGGCGCCUUAGCAGAUGGCGAAGGUUCUCAAUUGUUUGUCAGGAAAUGCGAAGUGUACAAAAACCACCAGGCUGGCAUAGAGGUAAGGAAUGGAGCCAAACUUGUUGCCUCCAAAAACAGGAUAUUUGACAGUGGCUAUCAUGGUGUUUUGAUUGGUCCAGAUGCCGGAGAAUGUUACAUUGACGGAAAUAAGAUUUUCGAAAAUGCGAGAGAGGGAAUUCUUGCCUUGCUAAACAAGACCAAGAUCGUCGUACAAAACAAUGACAUUCACCACAACAGGCCCUUUGGAAUUUCGGUGGAUUCUAAUUCUCAACUUGUGGUGGUUAAAAAUAAGAUAUUUGAGAAUGGAUUCUGGGGAAUCUUUGCUAAAACGCGCACGUCAGCACACAUUGCAGAAAAUGUUAUUUCUGGCAACAAAUGCGGCGGUAUUUUUAUCGGUGUCAAUUAUUCUGGACGAAUUCAAAUGCAAUCAAAUGUUGUUCGAGACCACAGUGGCCCUUGGCUCGAGUAUCAGAACAUAAAAGGCAGUCUUACCGUGAAUGGUCCUGGUGCCUAUAGUCCGUUGUCCUACUUGUAUGUGCCGCCUGGAGAAAAGAAUGAAGUUUAUUCAAGUCCUCCUAUUCUGGACGGAAACAGAGUAUUCAACAACGAAGAAGGCAUGUACCAUCCCAGAGAGGUCACUGAACGACUCUACAGCGGCUGCACGUAUUGUCGUCGCCCAAGAGAUAACGAAGAGUGCUUUUUUAAGUGUCUGGAUUGUCACAUUGCAUCGUACUGUAGUAAGGAGUGUCAACGAAACCACAGACGUAAACACGAGACAUUAUGUGUCGCUCUCAAAAGUCGUUAUUCUGUAGAAGUUGACCGCAUGCCGUCCAACACUAACCCAGUACGGAUAUUUGGCAGCAACUUGAGAGGUAUUGGAGAGGGGCCAAAACCAGAGCCUAACAAAGUGUUUAUUGCUAAGAUUGAAACAGGAAAUCUUAACAGCCACCCAAUGCAGUCAAUGGUCCUCUAUGACAAAAGCCUCUCAAUUGAAUGUUUAAUUCAAAGUCCAGAAAUCUUCAACGUUAUAACGGAGUGUGGCGUGCUUGGAGCUUUAAUCAAAUUCACAAGUAAAACAUGUUUUUUCUAUGCUACGUUUACCGAGCCAGAUGGAAAGCUGACAAUUUUCCUCGACCACCUUGCCCCUUAUCAAGAUUGGUAG